AUGAAGUUCCUCAAGGUCGGCCGCGUGGCCAUCAUUACCCGCGGACGCUAUGCUGGCAAGAAGGUCGUGAUCAUCCAACCCGUCGAUUCCGGCACAAAAGCUCACCCAUUUUCCUUCGCCCUUGUCGCCGGCGUCGAGCGAUACCCAUCAAAAGUCACCCGCCGCAUGGGCAAGAAGCGAGUCGAGAAGCGAUCCAAGGUCAAGCCAUUCAUCAAGCAAAUCAACUACAACCACAUCAUGCCCACCCGAUACACAUUAGAACUGGAAGGUCUCAAGAACGUCAUCUCAAACGACACAUUCAAGGAGGUCAGCCAGCGGGAAGAUGCGAAGAAGCAGGUCAAGAAGGCGAUGGAGGAGCGAUACCUGAGCGGAAAGAACAGAUGGUUCUUCCAGCCUUUGAGAUUUUGA